UAGUAUCAAGUACAACAAAUCAUCCAUAUCCAUAUAUGCCAACCAAAUAUCGAGUUUCAUCAAUCCCACAGCUCUCUUAUCAAUUUACAUGCACAAGUUUCCAGUUGAUCAUCAUCGGCACUUUUCCAUUGAACUUGCACAUAACCCCUUCUUUUCUGCAACCGAUUGUACGUCACUCUCGUGUUCGCGUAUAUAAAUUUCUCUCACGUAUACGUCUAUAUUCUUGGGUGUAUGUGUAUAAAUAAAACGGCUAAAUUGUGAAUACAGACUUUAUUACCCAAACCCUCAAUUUUCUUUUUUAGCUUUUGCAUUUUUUUUAUGGAUUUGGAACUGUUGAAGAAAGGUAUAGACUUUACGAAGAGAGAGAAAAAGUGGAUUCUUGUUCUUGGAGCAUUAGGAUUCACAAGUUACAAGAUUUACAACUCGCCUUCUGUUGUGAAGAAGAGGAAAAGAUUGUUGAAAUUAUUGGGUGCAUUAGUUUCUGUAGCAGAAAUGGUAUCUGAUUCAGCAGAGACAAUUGGGAUUAUUUCGAAUGAUUUUAAAGAGUUCAUACGAUCAGAUUCCAAUCAAAUUCCAAAUAGUUUGAAGCAAAUAUCCAAGAUCACUCGGUCUGACGAGUUUUCUAACUCAGUAAAUAGUGUCACAAAGGCUUUGACAGUGGGAAUUCUGCGAGGUUUUAAGUCUGAAGCUACGAAAAAUGAUGCUUCUGUGGGUGAGAGUUCGGAUUUCUCUGAGCGGGUUAUGAAUAAAUUGUUUUCGGAUUCAGGGUCUGGUUUUGCUUCUGUAGUUGUAGGGAGUUUUGCAAGAAAUUUGGUAAUGGCAUUUUAUUCAGAUAGACAAUACAGGACAGGAUCGAAUCUGGAUGGUUUUGUAAAUCUUGAUCAUCUUUCAAUGGAGUCAGAUUAUCAGUCUAUUUCGAGGUGGAUUGAAGUGGCUAAUGAGGACAAGUGUCGAGAGCUAAUUGGAGAUUGCAUAAAAUUAUUUGUGAGCACUGCUGUUAGUGUUUACUUGGAGAAAUCUAUGCAUAUAAACACUUAUGAUGAAAUCUUUUCUGGAUUGACUAAUCCUAUGCAUGAAUCUGAAGUAAAAGACUUGCUCGUGACUGUAUGCAAUGGUGCUGUAGAAACUUUAAUACAGACUUCUCACCAAGUGUGGACUAAAAGCUCCAUUGCUGAUUCAAAUCUGAACCCUCCAUACUGGAAAGUUGAUUUUGGAGAUAGUUUUCCUGGAGAUGAUAAAGUCGAGAAUGGGACAAAAAUAACCUCAGCCAGAAAAUUGUUCAAUGAUCCGAAUCAAGAUGAUGGAUGGAGGAGUAAGAUUUCUUCUACUUUGGCAGUGCCUAGCAAUAGGAAGUAUGUUCUUGAUAUGACUGGGAAAGUGACAUUUGAAACAGUUAGAUCGUUUCUCGAGAUUUUACUCGAGAAACUGUCAGAGUGCACGAAGAGAAGCGUUGAUGUUGUCCACCUGGACGUCGUUGAUCGAGGAAUUGAUACUAUGAGAUAUGUGGGUGGUAGAUCUUCUGCAGUUGCUACUGUAUGUCUUACUUUGUGUUUGCACAUUUUGAAUGGACCUUGGAUUUUGGCUCCAGGAAGA